AUGCAGACUCUGAGUCGAUCUAUGAGAGGCCAAUCAUUGCAUGAGCCUGCACCAUUUGCAGAGAAAAUCACAGAAGAACCCGUGACAACGAAAACCGCUCAAAGCACAGUGACCUGCGUCUACCUUGCCAACAUUGCAACCAAUUGGCGCAAGGUGACAGUCAUAUGGUGUAAGAAUCUCAUGAACCAUUCCCUCAGCAUCAGGGUUGAUGGCUUAGAGGGUGAUUUUCAUUACACUUGCAAGAUUGACCUCAAGCCAUGGCAUUUUUGGAGCAAAAAAGGGUACAAAUCAUUUGAGGUGGAAGGAAAUCAAGUGGAGGUCUAUUGGGAUCUUCGCUCUGCCAAAUUUGGCGGUGGCCCGGAACCAUGUUCUGACUUUUAUGUUGCUCUGGUUUGUGAUGAGGAGGUUGUGUUGUUACUAGGAGACAUGAAGAAGAAGGCUUACAAGAGAACCAAAUCCAGACCAGCCAUUGUUGAGGCUCUUCUAUAUUACAAGAAAGAAAACGUGUUUGCCAAGAAAAGCUUUGCCACAAGAGUGAGGUUUGAUGAGAAGAGAAAAGAGCAUGACAUUGUUGUGGAGAGCUCAACAGCCGGACCGAAAGAUCCCGAAAUGUGGAUCAGCGUAGAUGGGAUUGUGCUGAUCCAUGUGAAGAAUCUGCAAUGGAAAUUCAGAGGAAACCAAACUGUGCUUGUGAACAUGGAACCGGUCCAAGUGUUCUGGGAUGUUCAUGAUUGGCUUUUCACAAGCCCAAGCACAGGGCAUGGCUUGUUUAUUUUCAAGCCAGGGGCACCAGAAUCAGAGAGUGACAGAGAAAGCAACGGCAACGGCGGCGGCUUAGACAGUGAUCACAGCAGUGCUUACUAUUCACCUCAGAACAACACAACAACAUCUGACUUCUGCCUUUUUCUUCAUGCUUAUAAGAUUGAGUGA